AUGCAAAGCGACCAACACCACUUACUCCCUUUUCCCAAUCCUCCAUUCACAUCAUUCUUUGGUCAAAAUGUUGACUUUCAACCCUCGAAAAUCUGCCCGAGAAAUUUCAUUAUCUUUGACCGGACCGAUAACCGUAGUCAGAUAAUGUACCACCCGUCGGUUCCCGUUCCCGCCCCGGGUUACAUCCAUGUAACGCGGAAUGAUGAAAAUGCCCCUAGAGAAGUUGAAUCAGUUAUGAAAGAAGAUUCAGCGGAUAUCGAUAUAUUAAUGAGUUUUGAAGAUGAAGAAGAUGAAGGGGAAGAAGGGUAUGAAGAGGAGGAAGAGGUUAGUACUGCCCGAACGCAUGGAAAUGACGAAAUUGACACUGCGGAUUCUUGCUCUUCGAGGCUGCCCGGAAAGGGCUCGGGCAGGGGCAGCGGGCUUGGUUUAUCGAUGGCUUCUUGUAAAUCGAGUGGUGUUAGCGACAGAAAGCGUCGCGAAAUGAAGAAGAUGGUGGAUUCAUUGAGAGGAAUUGUGCCGAAUAGUAAAAGAAUGAGUACUGUUGAUGUACUUGAUGAGGCUGUCAAGUACUUAAAAACACUUAAAGUUGAAUUGCAGAAUGUAAGCGUCGCGAAUAUGAAAAAUUGA